UUUCAAAAGGACAAAAGAAAGUUUGCAUGACUACAACAGUCAGAGACUUCCAGUACAUUUAACAUUGUCUAUCUUCAUAACUUACAGUUCAGGAAAUAUUUUGUGGUUAAGUUUAACUGUUAUAAAAAUAUGUUUUCAAAUAUGGUUAUUAGGGCAAAACGCUCCAUAGACAGAUUAAGUUUUGAGUUGAACUCACCAGCCUGCACUGGUGGUGAUGACACACAACAAUGACAAUAGUUCACAAUACGACGAUGAUUGAAUCUGACUUAAUCAAUAAUCAAGUGACUGAGAGUGUGAUAGUGAUACUCACUGACUAAGAACUCCAACAGUAACACAGUUUCGUUUCUCUUUUACCACUGUCUUGAGUUUUCAGAAACUGUCAUAAUAUUACUUUUAUAACUUAUUAAUUUUAAUUACUGAUACUGAGUGCUUGCCUUGUGCAAUACAUAAAAAUACUAAAGAUGUACUACACAAAAAAAAAUAUUUAAAAAAAAUGUAUGUACUACAGUAUAUACAUCUACAGUAUCAUACUCUCAAUUCAAAAUUCUUCUCUCCUGGCAUUUUUAAAUAAUGCAGACUAUGCCAAAUAUGCUCAAAUUUUAAAGUAGCCAAAAACUUAUAAAGAUCAGAAUAUAAAAUGUUUAAUAAGCAUCCUGUCUGUAUAAAUAUAAGCUUUAUGUUCUUCAUUCAAAAGUAAAAAGAUAAUUUAAAUUAGGUCAAUAGUCAUAUAGCUAUUUUUGAAGUAAACUUUUUUGGAUUCAUGUGACUGAGUGACUAUGAAUUAAAUUUUAGAUAAAGUAAAAAAAUAUUUUAACCUCAGUAUCUGUCCAGUGGUUUAUUUUUAUUUCAUUAAAAAAACUUGUGGAUAAUUUUCACAAGGCAGGGUGUAUUUCUUCUAUCAUUAGUAGUGGUACUUGUAUUAAAUAUUGGAGAUGACCAGUAAUCAUAGUUACAAUAAGACUUUUCCUCAUUGAUAUUUUCCAUGUUAUUUAAAAUAUAGAUAAACUAUGGCUCAACCAUUCAAAGCUCAAAGUGACAGUCAGUUAGUAACAGAGGCAAGACAUCAAGAUGAAUCACCUAAUAAAUCCUCAAAAAUUACAACAAAGAAAUUCACAGACAUUAAAUUGCGUGAAGGUGUAAAGCCUAUCAGACAAAUGGAUUGUAAGUGUCUUCUAAUAGUCAACCAUUAUUUACUCACUUUUUAUUGAUUUUGUAAUUAAUCUCCACCACCUGUAUGUUGCAGAUAAAUUUUCACAAUUUAUUACUUUUUACUUAGCGUCUGACCUAAGCAAGCAGAACAGCAACCAAGCAAUUAAAAAGAUGAUAGAAUUAAAACAACAAGAAUCCAAAGCUUUGGCUCUCGCCUCUGGUAGUAGUCUACCUCCUCAUCUUCUAAUGGCUUCAUUAUUGGAACAAUUGUGCUACAUGUACGUUAAGGAGCGAACGAAAGCAAACCAGUUGUUCAAAAGUAAGCUUAUGUUAUGUUUCAAUCUAACACAAGUUUUUCAUAGUAUCUCUUGGUAAUGUCAAAGCAUUUUAUGUUUUCAUAUAGAAGAGGGUGUGAGGUGGGGUUAUGAUACUAUAGUAACUGUCACUGAUUUAAAAAACUAACUUUAUUCUUGACGUGUACAAAAAAAAAAGGCACCUGAUUACCACAUUUUCUUGUCACUUAUUUUCAGAUCUUCUGCAGGCUUGAGCUAUGAUUUUUCAUUAUUUUUUACAUUUCAGAAGCCAAGUUAAAAAUAAAAGUAAUGUAAAAAUAGUUUCUAGAAUAUAUUUGUCUUAUGUUAAAAAUUACAUUAUGUCCGUUAAAAUUGUUAAAUCUCAUUUGAUGAAACCAAUUUUUUUAACGUAUCAUUCUAAAUCAUCUUCAAUCAGUUUUGUGUGAGCGACUGAGUAGACUAAAUGUCAUUGCACCCCUUAGUCAUCUAGAUGAGAUGAGUAGCCUACGCUUCCAACACAGAGCAAUGCUAGAUAAGAUAGUGAGGACAGCCAUGAAGUCAUUAGAUAAGGCAAGUAGAGGCAGCUAAUAAAAAAUGUUGUUUGUCUCACUUUGGAGUAGUUUUCUUUUGGUUUCCAAACAAUAAAAAUAUCCACUCACACUUAAAAGGACAAAAAAAAGUAUCUGUUUGCAGAACUAGUGUUAAUUUCUAUAUCACAUCAUAGAUUGUGCGCGGGGAGCAACACCCAUUCUCAAUAGAUAUUUUGAAGGAUGGGAAUAAUGGUUUGAGUAUGCAUGAAAUGUAAUGACUAUGAAGAUUUAGAUGGAGAAACAUUUCGAUUCUGAAUGGUUGAUGUCAGUUUUAAGUUGGCUAUAGAACUAAGUAAAACUAUAACACUUGAAAAUCAAUUUUUUAAUUAAUUUUUUAAUAUUAUUUCCUCCCUACUUUAAAGCAAUCUCUUUUAGCACUGCCACCUCUUGACCAAAGUUUGAAGUGAGUAUCUGAUAUGCAUUUUGUCCAGCUCAGAUUUCCACAUUAAUUUUAACUUUCUUACAUGAAAGUCGUGAAAGUAUUGAAAGAUGGGGAAAAAAAUUAUAAAGUUGUUGGGGAUUUAGGCUCAUUUUAUACCCGGCUCCUCCAGCCCCAAGGUUCUGCCGAUAUGUUUUGGCACUUGCCACAGCCUAUGGCCCCCACAAGUUCAAGUUACUCAAUCUCCAAACCCUGAUAACUGCUCUGAAGAUACAACAGUGUCAUGUCAGUUCUGAUACUUUAGGCCCAACUAUAAUAAUUAUGAAGGGGAAUUGUUUUUAUAGAAGUAAGCUGAGCAAACAUAUCUUUUGAUUCAGUUUAAUUUUGUUUUCCAACAUUUCUAGUAUUGACAGACUAAGCAUAAGAGAUGAUGACAUCAUCUCAGAGCAUACCUCUCGAUACAAAAUUGAAUUCCAAGAAGUCAGUCUGCUAGGGAAGGGUGGUUUUGGCUAUGUUUUUAAAGUAAGAAAUUUUUUUUAAAACAUUUAAUGCUUUCCAAUUAUAAUACAGUAUGCACCAAAAGUAACAGUACUGAAGCUGCCACAUCUUGAACACGUACAUGCAUUUUUCAAAGGUGCAUAGCUCCAGCUGCCACGUGAUCCCUGAGGUUUCCAGUAGUGUGUUGAGGAGUUGAUUUGAAAUUGGUCUCUCUAUGGAGGAAAAUUUCUCAUAGUUUAGCACUAUUUUUGCUCAUAUGGCACUGGUUGUGAGGUGGGCCCAAGUUUGAACAGUGUAACAGAAAAAUUCUGAGAGAGAUUUAAUAAGACACCACCACGUAACAUGGUUGUGCUGUCAAUUGUACCCUUGGUGUACAUGGAUGCCACAGGGGCAUGGAGAUCAAAUCAUUUCUUCAGGAUUUGAGAAAGUUCUUUCAUGCAAGGAACCUUCACUGGUAUAGACAGUGAUAUUAAAAUGGCAGGAUGGGGCAACCCGGAAAAUCAGUUCACAUUGUACUGACUUCCCAUACUCACUCCCCUGAUCUGAUCUUACACCACCUGAUGGCUUUUAAAGGAGAGUGUGUCCAACUGUGAAGAUUCACCAAGAACUCUGCCUGCCUGACUUUAGAAAAUAGUCUCCUUUUGCUGGAGACUGCAGCACAAUUGUCCAGUGAUAUGUUUGAAAAUCUACAGGAGCAAUAUGAAGACUGUCUACAGCGAGGCGGUGAACACUAUGUACAUUUACGCUGCCCACACUGUGGUGAAUGAACAUGUUAAUAGUGUAUGUCUUAGUUUCUUUCAGGAGAAAUACAUUUAUAGAUGACAAAAAGGAAACAUUGUUUUGUCUUUCCUUUUUAGUUCUCUUGCUUUUGGCACAUGCUGUAUUAAAAAAUAUUCUAAAAUUUAUAUAUUCCAAACAAUUAGUGUCAGCUUAAUCAUAAUUUUCUUAUGUCCAAAACUGUACACUUUAAGUAAACAUUAAAAAAAAACUUAGUUCCCAUACAUCAAGAAAUAACAAACAUGUUUUUCUCACCUAGCCACCUGAUAAUAUUUAGAUAUUGCUCUCAUAUUUUGACAUUAAGAUACUGUAAUUUUUAUUUACUUUUAUUUACUUUUUGUCUCCCCAGGCUAAAAACUACCUCGAUGGCUGUGAAUAUGCAGUUAAGAAAAUUAAGUUCAAACAUAAAAAUACAGGCAUGUUGUUAAAGGUGGGUUAUACAAUUUAAAUUUUAUUUUGUGCUUUUGUCAUUUAUUCCUCCUAGACCAAGCGGUCAUCAUAGGCCGUUCCCCCAACUAGCUGUCAUACAUUCACAUAUAUCUAAAGAUCAUAUUCAUUACUUAAAGUAAAAGCAUAUUUGAAGUCUUUGGUUUGUUAUUUUUAUCUAUAUUCAUUUUUCCAGCUCCUUAGAGAAGUAAAGGCCCUUGCAAACCUUCACCACACCAAUAUUGUUGGUUACAAUGCAGCUUGGUUAGAGUAUGAUAAUCCUUUAUGUUCCAGGAAAGGUGAAUUCUUAAGUAAUUUAUGCUGAGCAGUGUAUGAAGAAUCAUUUCCUGAGUUUAUAAUAUAAGGGUUGCAGGAAGCAAUAUAUCCUGGAUUCAUAAGAUGGUUGUUGGAACUAAUACAUCCUGGUUUUAAAAAUAUAUGGUUAUAAAAACAUAUAUAUCCUGGGUUCAUAUGAUAAUGGUAGUAGGAACAUUUAUAUCCUGGGUUCAUAAGAUAAUGGCUGUAGGAAGAUAUAUAUCCUAGGUUCAUAAGAUAAUGGUAGUAGGAACAUAUAUAUCCUGGGUUCAUAAGAUAAUGGUUGUAGGAACAUCUAUAUCAUGGGUUCAUAAGAUAAUGUUUUUAGGAACAUAUAUAUCCUAGGUUCAUAAGAUAAUGGUAGUAGGAACAUAUAUAUCCUGGGUUCAUAAGAUAAUGGUUGUAGGAACAUAUAUAUAGUGGGUUCAUAAGAUAAUGGUUUUAGGAACAUAUAUAUCCUGGGUCGAUAAGAUAAUGGUUGUAGGAACAUAUUAUCCUGGGUUCAUAAGUUAAUGGUUAUAGUAACAUAUAUCCUAGGUUUAUAUGGUUUUUGUAAAUUUAAAACUGUUUUAGGAUUUGACUUGUAUGUUGAACAAUAUGUAACAAAGGACUGAAAACCAGUAUGCAAAGAAAAACAAUGGAAAAGCUAGAUAUAUUAACCAUAUUAACUUUAAUCAUAAUUAAUAAAUUUAUAUAAUAAAUACAAAAUCAAAUAGAAAUAAAAACUAUAUCAACUUAAGCACAGCAGGUGGAAAAAAGUAAAAUUCUUGAAGGAUACCAAUAUUAAUAUAUAUAUAUAUAUACACAUGCACAUGAAGAGUAAAUUUUUUUUAAAGUAUAUUACAUCUUGUAAAAGACUAGGAAAAAUAAUCUCCCCAGAAAUUCGAUCACUUGAUUACAUUCUUUAGAACAAAUUAGAGACUAAUUCCAACGUUAACAUUGUCCCUAUCAGGGGAAGGGUAGGUAAAAAUAAUUGGCACUAGACAUUUAAUUGGUGGGUCAAUAAAAAAACAGAUGGGAGGAGAGGUAAGGUUGAAUGCAGCAGCUUGUGGUGAAUAAACCUAGGUCAAUAUACAGGCUUUAGGAAACAUGAAUGUACAUACUUCAGUUGUUAAAUCUGUUGGCUGUGUAUAUGUUUUUGUGUGUAAAUUAUGUGAAGAAUUUUCAGUUUUACCUCUUAAUUUUUUUUUCAUUUCAAAUGUGUUACAUUUGUAUCUCAUCUGAAUUUGUUGGUUUAAAAAUUUUCACAAUAUCCAUCUGAAUUUUCUAGAAAACUUCUCAAAUGAAUCUCCUCUUGCACAAGACAGUUCAAAUGAAGCAACAGAAAGGUAAUUCUAGGUGUAAAGUUGGGGGGGGGGGGGGGGUUUGCGAAACUUGGGGGAAAAUCCAUCCAUCUGAAUUUUCUAGAAAACUUCUCAAAUGAAUCUCCUCUUGCACAAGACAGUUCAAAUGAAGCAACAGAAAGGUAAUUCUAGGUGUAAAGUUGGGGGGGGGGGGUUUGCGAAACUUGGUGGAAAAUCCCAUUCUUAAAAAUCCACAUCAUGUUCUCUCAUUCCUUGCUUUAUCUUUUUGUUGAUAGUUAACUUUUACUAGUCAUGAUGUCUAGAAACUAUUAUUUUAUUGUGUUAACUUAACUUUUGCACACACAAAAAUUAACCCUUGAUGAAACAAAUCAACACUUUGUGUUAAUGGUAGUUUCAUUUUAUAUAUUUUGAUUCUAAAUUAGCAAAAGUAAAUUGUUACAACUAUAUCCAUAUUUUUUUAACACUCAUGUAGUUCUAUAUUUUCAUUGAAAACUAGCUUAAAAUAAGGUGCAGCUGUACUUUGUGGCAUCAGUUAAAAAUAAUCUUUCUAUUAGCAAGACUAAAUGUUAAUUAUUUACUUCUGCUUUCCUCAGCAAGGUGUACGACAGACAAGAACGUAGUACAAGUUUGAGCAUCCAGUUUUGUUUGUCAGACGAUGAGGAGAAUAAACCUGUGCCGAGCCCAAACUUGGGCGGAAAUGGUCUGGCCAUGAACGCAAAAUAUUUUAGUCAGGUUAAGGUUGAGGAGGUCUUCGGAAGGAGUGAAAAUGUGCUACUUAACGGAGGAAGAGGGGACGCGGGUAAAUUCACAGAUUCCUCUCCAAAACUUGCCAACUCGCGUGGGCUGACACAUGGUUCUCCCAGACCAAAGAAAGAAAGACAUAAGCAUGUGGUUAUUGAAGAGGAGAUUUCAUCUUCCUUCAGCUUCAACUAUUCAGACAAUAAUUGUGAAUCUCAGGGACAAGAAAAAGUGGUGGUCAAAUGUGGGCAGCAUUUUGAAAUUGACUUGGAUAUUUCCAAUGACCACAGUUUUGACUGUCUGGCAAUGAAUACAGAAGCUUACAAUGACAAAAUAAAUCAAGUUUCACCUCAUCAUCAUGGACAUUCCAGUGAGAUCUCUGUAAAUAAAAUGACAAGAGUUGCAGGGUCAUUGAAGAACAAUUCCCCUGUGAAAGAAACCGGUGGCGAUUCUGUCGUGGAUUCAAAAAAAUGGUCUCCAUUGAGAGAGCCACAAGAAGCUAUCCACCAUAGCACAGCAAAAUCAUCUCCAUCAAAAUCAUCUUCCGCAAAACCAUCUCCAUCGAGAUCUCAGUUCAAACACAGUAAGUUUUUUCACAGUCCUCCCUUCUCAGAUGACAUAGACAAUGACCCCGAUGAAGCAUGCCAUGAUGACAAACUUUCUUUUUACUCUGAAUCUCAAGCUCCCCCGAGCUCGCCGCCGUCAUCUUCUGUCAUAUUCAGCAAUGUUUCCUUGGUGGUCGAGGAAGAAAUGUCCUACUCUGGAAACUCUGGAUUACCUCCCAAUAGAAGGACGACUCGCCAGUCCCGAAGUAUGGAGCAUCCAGCCCCAAGGGUCUCACGUGUGUCAGAAAAAGAUGGUGUUUACUCCGUCGACAUUGAUACACCUGCACUGCCCAGCAGAAAAGGUCCACAGGAGGAUGAGCUCCCAGCUUACAAACGCAGCAUAAGCUCUGGGGCUGCCAACAACAUGGACGAGGUGAUGGAAUCAAGAAACCACAAUUAUGAUUUUCAGGUAGGUUGAUUUUUUCCCCUCGCAGUUUGAUGGAAAUUUUAAAAAUUUAAUUUCUCUUGUUUGAAAAGGUUUUUGGAAUGUGGGGGUGGGCAUGUUGAAGUGGGACUAAAUCUUUAAUAACGAGUGUCACUUUUGUAAAUAAAAGUGUUUUUAUAAUUGAACAAACUUAUUUAACUUCUAUUGUUACAUUUUUAUUUAGCCAACAUGCUACAUGUACUUGUGUUUAAAAUGCAAACCUUCCAUUAAUAUAAUGAACGUAUUGAUAUCAGAACUCCAUCACUUUGUACAUUCAAAUGGAGCUUUGCUCUACAACCUUACAAGAGUGGCUUUAUGAUAGAAACUCUCAGCAAGGUGAUAGCUAUGGUGAGUACCUUGUAUGCUGUGGUGAGUACAUUGUAUGCUAUGGUGAGUACCUAGUAUGCUGUGGUGAGUACCUUGUCUGAAGACCACUGUAUGAAUGCUGAUUAACUCAUUUAUACAGGCAUUUCCCUCUAUUAGGCCGUAUUAGGGAUAAAAAAAAUUUAGUCCAAAACAAAAAAAAAGCAGGCCCAGUGAUCCCCAUUUGAUUGUAAAAGAUUCAGUUCUCUUAGCUGUCCCAAAGUAUCAAUUUAGUGUUGAAAAAAUCCAACAUAGUCUGAAUUAUCCAUCGUCUCACAAGUCUAUAUUCUUAAGAGAUUUUUUUUUUUUGACCCACUUAACCAAAGGACGUUCUGUUAGAACAAAAACCAAUGUAUAUUUUUUUUUCUUUAUUAAAUUAAUAUAUUUUUAAUGUGUUGAAUACCUAUUUUCAGAUGCCACAUUAUUCUGCUCAGACAAUAUGCGGAUCUUCCACCAACUGUUACUGGGUGUCAACUUCAUUCAUUCACAUGGCCUCAUUCACAGAGAUCUCAAGGUUGGUCUACACUAGAUUAGCCAAAUCAAAAUGUAUUGAUGAAUUAAUAAACUGAACACUUGAGCACUUAGUUUACUGCUGUAACAAAAUCCAGUGCUCAAUUAUACCUUAAAUUUUAAAGGAGUUAACCAUGCAAUAGAAUAUAGUAUAUAGGUUAUAUGAUUUUUUUUAAUGAACAAAGAAGAUUGAUUAACCUCCAUCCAAGAUCUUCGUCAAUAGAUUUUUAGUUUUAUGCAUUGUUUCAAGUUAACAAUCGGUGGCAAUGGUGGAAAAACUUUGCUACCAUUUUGGGAUCAGUGGUUGUGACAGUGUCAUAAGUGGUUGUGACAGUGUCAUAAGUGGUUGUGACUGUGUCAUCAGUGGUUGUGACAGUGUCAUCAGUGGUUGUGAUCCAUACAGUAAUUUAACAUGGCAAUUGUUUUCUAUGUAAUUAUUUAAACAAUUUCAGGAACUAUUUAGGAAUGUUUUGUAAUUUUCUUCAAUUCAUAAAAUCAAUUAUAUAUUUGGUCAUGCCCAUCAGCCAAUUCUGUAUUUCAUAAGAAUCAAAUUUAUAUUUGAUCAUUCCUCUCAGCCCAGAAACAUUUUCCUAUCAGGCAACGACCUUCAUGUCAAAAUUGGAGAUUUCGGACUAGCCAAAGAAGACAUGUUGAGUCAAGGCAGAGAAGAAAUUGUUCUCAAACCAUCGCCAACAGAUGAAGGUAGUUGGAACUAUUCAGUCCUUUUCAUUUCUCUUAGUUAAAAAACUGUGAUAAGUGUCUGUAACGGACUAUGUUGUCACAAGAAAACAGAGAGGUAGCAUGAGUGAACAGUGAAUUGCAUUUUUCCACGAGGAGAGUGUAUUUCUAUUUUUUGAGAAGCAAAUGUGAGCUCCACGUUUUUGGAGAGUAAAUUAUGUUUUUGUCAAAGCGGUCGUUCCCACGCUUUGCUGGUAAUAAAAGGGGCAGUUGAUUGAGAGCAGUAGAGUCAGAGUUAGAAGAGAGUUGAGUUAUAGCAGUGUGAGGACGUGUCUUUCUGAGUGAUGGAAUAUUAUAUAUAUAUAUAUGUGAAAUGAUAACAUUCAUGCAAGGAUUAUUGUUAAUAUUAUCAGUGUACAGUGUGAUUAAAUAAAGUACUGUAAGUUUAACCAGGAUUCAGUAUUCUUAUUUGCGUGCCUGGAUAAUAAGUGGAAGAACGAAGAAGUCUUAGCCGUCAUCCUGAAUUAUUAACAUAAAACAAGUGACCAUGCUACUGACAUAACCCACUAAGUUACAAUGAUGUCAGAGCAAGCUUUACAGUGUCUUAACAAAUUAUAUUACAAAAUUAAAUUGACUACUGUAUACCCCUAUAAACCUUUCAGUACAGAAGCAUCCAUUAAUAAAUUACCUUCAGUACUAAGCAAAGGGAAAUAACUUCAUUUUGUUCAUAAAGUUGCUGACCUUAAAAAUUUAUUAAAAAUCGUCCUUUCAUCCACUAUUCAGUCAUUAAAAACAAAAAGUACUGAUAAUUGUAGAGAAAAAUAUAAAAUUUUAAUUAAAAUCAGUCUGUAUCAGGACCAGUUACACCUACAAAUUCUUCAAUGGCAUUUCAUUGAACACCAUUGUCAUUUGUCAGACCAGACAGAUGUGUUAACAUCAUCUUCAUUGAAUUCAUCUUCUGACCCAUCUGGGAUAUCAAUUUGUUGAACUAAUUCAUUAUUAACAUCACUUUCAAUUACAUUUCAAAUUUGUUCAUUAAAUUCAUGGACACUAACAGUCAGUGUACUUGCUGUCUGUAUGAAGUGAUAGAGAAAGGCAAACUCCAUUAGCCUUGAUCUACUGUCAACAACGAACCGUUUUAGUAGCAUAAGAAUAGCAUAAAAUCAAGUGCACAACACCAAACUUCAACAAAACAAGAACUUGACACUCAGUUUAUAAAUAGGCUCUUUGUAACUCCUUCAUAAGAAGAAUUAACUUUAUUAGGCAACGUUUGACAAUCACCUGUUGUUUAUGAUGAGAUUAGGCCUUAAUGCAACAGGUUAUGGACAAUAAUUUAAAUGCUCAUCAAAUCUGUGAACAUGUACAGAUUUUAACUCUUUAUCUCUUUAAUGACAGUCUCAGCAUUUCUGUAUGAUAACCAUACAACUGGAGUUGGAACUUUGUCAUAUGCAUCACCUGAACAACUCAAGGGCUCGUUUUAUGAUGUCAAGGUCAGUAUUUCAUCCAGUAAAUGAAUGUUGUUCAAAGUGACCUAUAAAAUCUUAUUUAUCUUAAAAAAAUGUCGACCUCACUGAUAAAAUAUGUGUUUACAUGCAUGAUGCCCUUAGUUCAUGAAAGUUAAUGAAACUUUUGUUAUAUUUGAAUUGCUGCAUUGAUAUCAUAUUACCCUAACUCAAUAUUUUAAUGAUUGGCUCAUCUUUUGUUUCUGGACCAGCAUAAUCUUUUUAAAAAUUGGGGGAAAAAAAUUUAAGAUAAUUUUGAAAAAGCAAUUGUUGCUAAAUUUCAGACCUUCAGUCACAUCUUUUUGGGGUUAACUGUUCAUACUAAUCAGUAUUUUUUUUUUUUUCAUUUUUUUUUUUUCAGAGUGAUAUGUAUAGUUUAGGUGUGAUUUUCUUUGAAAUGUUCAACGUAUUUCAUACAGAUAUGGAAAGGUUGAGAGAAUUAGAAAAACUAAGGAAAGUAAACAUUUUUUUUUUUUUUUUUUGGUUUUUUUUUUUUUUUUUAUUAUUUUUUUUUUUUUUUUUAUUUUUUUUUUUUCAGAGUGAUAUGUAUAGUUUAGGUGUGAUUCUCUUUGAAAUGUUCAACGUAUUUCAUACAGAUAUGGAAAGGUUGAGAGAAUUAGAAAAACUCAGGAAAGUAAACCACUGCCCCGAAGCCUUCACACAGAAGUGGCCGUUACAGGUUUGUGAGUGAACAGAACACAAUGCACCUUUUUCUAUACCCUCAUUCCAUGAAUGCUCUAACUAUAAUUACAUUUGGCUAUGUAUUCAUUCAAAACAUCAUAGGUCCAUAAAUCAAGCUGCAGACCUGGGAGGCGAAACAAGAACAAACUGAUGCCUCAAUAACACAUGAUAGAAGAACACAUUUUUUGUAUCGGUAUAAGUUAUGACUUUUGUGACUGUAUGAUCAAAGUGAGACAGUUACCCAGCAUGCCAUUUUUUUUACACUGCCAGCAUAGCAUUGCCACGGCCGUUCUUAUGACAACAAUGUUUCUACUGCAGGCCGAUUCCAUUAAAGCAUUAGUAAGUUCUGUCCCUUCUGAAAGACCUUCUGCCCAAGAUUUGCUCAACAGCCAGCUGUUUUUAUCACAAGAACAGGUGCGUUAA